AUGCGUUUCUCCAUCGUUCUCUCAAGCAUUGCUGCUCUCAGCUCUGUUGCUGCCGCUGAGCGUGUCUGCGGAGCUAUCCCCCACCGAACCUUUGCGAAGGAAUCUAAGGCUGCAAUUGAGGCUGCCACCGCCGCCGGCCUCACUACCAAGGCUAACAUCACCGUUGAAACCUACUUCCAUGUCAUCACCGCUGGCUCGAAGGGCGAGAUUAAUAACUACGGACCAGCUGGCAUUGGCUUCAAGCUCAUGGAUGUUAGCCGAACCGACAACGCCAAAUGGGCCUCUGGUGGUGACGAGACUGGCAUGAAGAAGUCUCUCCGAAAGGGAGGCUACUCUGCUCUCAACGUCUACUUUGCCCCUAAUCUCGAGGGUGGUCUGCUUGGCUUCUGCUACUUCCCCAAGGCCAACCCAAGCGCGAACGACAAGCUCGUCGAUGGAUGUGUCAUCCUCUCUGGAUCCGUCCCCGGCGGCGAGGCUGCCCCAUACAACGAGGGAAAGACCACCACCCACGAAGUUGGCCACUACAUGGGUCUCUACCACGUCUUCAACGAGGAACAAGGAAACUGCCAGAAGGACGGUGACAUGGUUGCCGAUACCCCCGUCCAGGGUACCAAGACCAGCGGCUGCCCACAGGGCAAGGACUCCUGCCCAGGGCAGGGUGUCGACUCUAUCCACAACUACAUGGACUACAGCGAUGAGUAUGUUCUCCUUUCUCCGGUAUAUGAUUCAUGGCAUCAGACUAACCAUCGCCAUUUCAGCCCAUGCAUGAACCAGUUCACUCCCGGCCAGAUCAGCCGAAUGCAGAUGAUGUGGCAGCAAUUCCGUGCUGGAAAAUAA